UUGCUGCCGGGUUGCGGCGGUGACAGAAACUGGCGGGGAGAUGCCGGAGAUCGCGGUCCGACAUGUGGUGUCUGCGAGCAGCUCGGACACGACUCACUGCGCCGAGAACCUGCUCAAAGCCGACACCUAUCACAAGUGGAAGGCCGCCCAAGCAGGGGAGAAGCAAGUCUCUGUCAUAUUGCAGUUUGAGAAAGAGGAGCAGAUCCACAGCAUCGACAUUGGCAAUGAAGGCUCUGCGUUUGUGGAAGUGCUGGCUGGCAGCUCUGCCUCCUCCAGCGAACAGAACUACGAGGUGCUCUUGGGCACGUCCUCUUUCAUGUCCCCCUCAGAGAGCAAGAGCGGUACCAACCUCAACAGGGUCCGUAUGUUUGGGCCAGAUAAGUUGGUGAAGGCCACGACGGAGAGGAAGUGGGACCGGGUUAAGAUCGUUUGUACCCAGCCCUAUACUAAGUCCUUGGCUUACGGCCUUUCCUUCGUGAGGUUCCACUCGCCUCCAGAAAACAAUGAAGUUCAUUCCAAAGCUGCUUCGCCGAAAGUCACCAAACUGGGCCAGUUCAAAGUGAAGGAGGACGACAGCAACGACAGCUCCUUGAAGCCCGGCGCCCUGUUCUUCAGCCGCGCCAGCAAACCCCUGGUCUCUCCACCUAAAGCCUCUCAGGGUGACCAGCCUUCGCCCAGUUAUGCUGCUGCCUCGCUGCAAACCGGUAUGUCCGGUUCCCCGGAUCCGUCGCCUUCCUCUGUGGAAAAACCCACCCCCAAAGCAUCUCCCAAGGAGCCCCCGCCGGUCAAGCGGAAGUUCGAAUUCAGCAAGGACAAUACGAGCCUCUCAACUGCGGCCAAGAAAACUCACCCCGAUACCCCCCGGCCUGCGCAGCCGCCCUCCAAGAAACUCAAAGCUUCUCCCUCAACGCCCACCCCCCAGAAGACACCUCCUUCCAAAAAGCCUCUGCAAACGUCAUCUGAGGCGACAGCAAAUGGGUCUUUCCAGCACCUCCUGCAGGGCACCGUAUUUGUGUUGAGCGGCUUCCAGAACCCCUUCCGCUCUGAGCUGCGGGACAAAGCCCUAGAGAUGGGGGGCAAAUACCGCCCGGACUGGACCCCAGACAGCACUCACCUCAUCUGUGCCUUUGCCAACACACCCAAAUACAGCCAGGUGAAAGGGCUUGGAGGCAUUAUUGUGCGCAAGGAGUGGAUACUGGACUGUUACCGCACAAGGCGGAACCUGCCCUGCAAGCGUUACCUGAUGGUCAGCCCAGAAUCCUCCAGCAGCGAGCAGGAGGAGGAGAGUGACGAAGAGACCUCCAGCCAACACCGCAAGCCUCAUCAACAGCGAUCCAAUCAGCCCAGCUCCAACCACAAGCCCAAGACUCCCGCCAGCCCCAAAGUAGUUCAGAUGGCGCCAAGGAGGGCUUCCUCUGAAGAGGAGGAGGAGGAGGAGCCCACCACCUCUCGGAACAGCGGCGUCCACAACAAUUCGCAGGCCCCGGCGGCCGACUCUGCAGCGUCCUGCAGCGAUGACGAGGAUGCCACAGGUGUCCGGGACAACGGGGGCGAGGGCUCUGGCGACACCGACGAUGAACUAAGGAGAGUAGAAGAGGAGCACCGCAAAAAGCAACAAGGAGGGCGGAGGACUGGCCCGGAUCCGGAUGACGAUCCCUACGGCGGCUCCACGGAUGAGAACACGGACGUUGAGGAAAAGGGGGAGCCAGAUCAGCCUAUCCCAGAGCUACCGGAUUUAUUUGGGGGCAAACACUUCUUUCUUUAUGGCGAAUUCCCUUCUCAGGAGCGGCGCCUCUUAAACCGGUACAUCACAGCCUUUAACGGAGAGGUGGAGGACUACAUGAACGAGCGAGUGAAUUACGUGAUCACGGCUCAAGAGUGGGAUGACACUUUUGAGGAGGCUCUGAAUGAGAACGCCAACCUUUCUUUUGUGCGCCCCCGCUGGAUCUACAACUGCAACGAGCGUCAGAAGCUGAUCCCCCACCAGCCGUACGUCGUGGUGCCACAGGUGUAGAAGAGGCCUCCCUGCAGGCAUUUGUGUAUAAUAUAUACGCCCUCUGGAGCAAACUGUCCUCUUUGUCUCGGGGCUGCUUGACCGAGCGCUCCAGUGUUUCUCGCUGGGAUGUUUCCUUCCUGUUGAAAGCCUAGCCCGCCAGCAAGCCCCUCUCCGCACGCUGUCACGCAGGCUUACACGGAUGUAGCGGCGUUUCUGACGGCCUCUGUGUGUGUUUCUCCCUCUGGUAGUAGCUUGCUCAGAUUGCGUCAGGUGCCAUUUUCACUUUCUCAAAACAGCUGUUGCUCUUGAGAAAACAAUGCUGAAAAGCUCCUGGGCCUUGCCGGGUGCCACUUUGGAUCAGGGCCAGAGUCAGCCUCAAGGGCUUGGAAGGUGAAAGGGGAGCUAGGCUUGAACUUCAGGGGCCAGGACUUAACUGAAAAUAGGAGAUCCAUAUCCACACACUUAUACUUUUUAUUCUUGGGACCUUCUCUUCACCCUUGUACUCAUCCCCCCACACCUUUCCCCCUCUUUCUUUGCUGAGAACAGUGGAAACAUUGAAAUUCGUUCCUUAAAGUUUGAAACACUCUGCCCUAGAGCAGUGGACCUUGGUCCGCUAUAGCCUCUGGCUUGCUCAGGGUUUUGUAGGAGAGAAUCUUGCCUCCCACUCCCUGACCCAUUUCCCUUUUGUGGUUCGGCACGUAAGGCUGGAUUGCCCAUUGCCCUUUCAUAGACGGGGGAUUCGUUCCUUCACCUCUAGACACUGGUAAACUUGCACACAUGAAUUGGCGAUACAGAGUUCCAGCUUCUCGACCUUUUUAGAAUCUGUAAAUUCACUAGUCCCAUGUGUGCGUUACCAAUUUGUGCAUUCCGCUUCCCUGUGUUUGUAGAUACACCUGUGGAAAAUAACAUCCUAACUGGCCCACGGCCAACAUCCGGUACUCGCUUGUGUCCACAAACAAUCUUGUUCCAAUUCACAUGUCUUUUUUUCAGAUGUGUGGACAUGCUGCACCUCUCUAUGUCUCCUUUUAAGUGUGCGCGAGCUAAACAGACACCCUCCAGUGGCCGGCCAUUCUGUGGGGAAGGCUUGGUCCACGUGCCAAGUUGUCUUAAACAACAGUAUUUAGAGUUGCUAUUGGGAGAAGCCAUGACUGUUUAAACUGGGCUGAAGUUUAUUUUGCAGCUCGUACGGCCCAAGUCUCAUCCGUUUGAAUUUUCUGUGAAUUUGGCUUUCUGACUAAGGCCAGCUAAUGUGAACACAGUGUUUGCCUGUGUGGGAACAAAAAGCAAGGCCAGUUAAUUUCAUUAUGAAUUCGUUAAUUUCAGCAGGGAGUUGUCAGUUUCUCCCUCUCCUCUGGGCAAAGAACUCUGCGGAUUUUCACUGGGGAGAAACAGGAGACCAGACCCUUUCCGGCUCUUAAUUCCUUACAUGUUCUUUGCAAGGUGCUACCCACCCCACAAUUAAAAUGCAUGCUCCUUCCUGCUUUUUGCUGGCUGUGAACUGGACUGGGAGGCCUUGAAUAAUCUACCUCGUUUUUAGAGCUGGUUUCCCCCACUUGCCCCCAGCCUCAUGGUGCUACCCUCAGUGCUGGGGAUCAAGCCAGACCCUUUUCUUUCUGCUCUUGGGUUCAGAUGUGUUUAACUUCAGUAAAGGAGUUCAUCGCUCGUGGGAGCUUUUCAGCCUUGGGGAUGGGGGUGCUGCUGCAGCAGAUGUCAGUCGUAGCCUGUUGCUACAGGGCUAGUCUGGCCUAAGUGUAGUUACUGACACCCCAGGGUUUUCCCCUGAACCUUUUGAUUUUGAUGCAGAACUGGGAGUUUAGCCCCUUGAACCCUUUUCUGUCCAUGUUUCACUCAGUCCUGCUGUGUGGCACACUGGGAAUCCCUGAGCAGGCCAUUGGAGCGGGGAAGAAUUAGGCAAGGAUUUCCUGUUUCGUCAAAAGAAAAUGUACCGGAUCUCAGCUGCAGCUUGAUUGGCCUCCUCAGCAUGGAAAAUCAGGCCUCCUCCAGGUAGGGGGCGCUAUAGCAUUUCCCCAGUCGUUCAAAGCCAUGAAAUGCACCAAUUGCCAGGGGGAUUUGCUCAUUUGUCUAGGUUUCUAGUGGGAUUCUCCCCAGGGCGCUAAGAUCGCCCUUCCAAGUAUCUGCAUGCUCCAGGCCUGACGGAGGCGGGCUGUCCAAAAAAUUGGAUUUGGAUGUCUUUGGUUAAACUCUCAUGGCUUCUCCCCAGAGGAAACGGCUUUGUGAGCGCGCAGGGAAUUUGCAAGCCCCCCCCCUUUGAAAACUACCACACUUCUUGUCAGGAGGGGGGAAGCCGUUAAACCGGAUCGAGUUUGUAGCACAGCUCACUUGCCCCUAGGUUUGAGGAUUGCCCUUUUCCAGAAAUUAUACCCGUCAUUAAGCAACAGCUUGCCUGAGGCUCUAACAAUGGUGACAAAUCUCCUUUAAAGGGGGUGGGUGGGUGUCCAUGUCUUCCUCUCCUCUUUCUGGUUUGUUGUGUUUUUUUAAAAAAAUAUUAAUAAAACAAAAUCCAAGA